CUUGGUUUCUGAGCAAUAGAGCAGAGUCUGGUCAGAUACUCAGUGGUCCGCUGCAGUGAAACUUGGGCACGAAGAAGUGUAAUUGUGCAGUAGAAGAUAACGAAACGGCAGAAAUAAGGCAUGGCAGCCAUAAGGAAAAAGCUGGUGAUUGUGGGAGAUGGCGCAUGUGGAAAGACCUGUCUUCUAAUAGUGUUCAGUAAAGAUCAGUUCCCCGAAGUCUACGUACCCACUGUGUUUGAGAACUACAUUGCUGACAUUGAGGUGGACGGCAAACAGGUGGAGCUGGCACUGUGGGACACAGCUGGACAGGAGGACUAUGACCGCUUGAGACCACUUUCCUACCCAGACACAGAUGUCAUCCUUAUGUGCUUCUCCAUCGACAGUCCUGACAGUUUAGAGAAUAUUCCAGAGAAGUGGACGCCAGAGGUGAAACACUUCUGCCCCAACGUUCCUAUUAUUCUGGUGGGGAAUAAGAAGGACCUGCGGAACGAUGAGCACACUCGGCGGGAGCUGGCGAAGAUGAAACAGGAGCCUGUUAAACCAGAGGAAGGCCGCGACAUGGCCAACCGUAUCAGUGCCUUCGGUUACCUGGAGUGCUCAGCCAAGACCAAGGAGGGUGUGAGGGAAGUGUUUGAAAUGGCCACAAGGGCAGCGCUGCAAGUCCGGAAGAGGAAAAAGAGGAGCGGCUGCUUGAUCUUGUGAGAGAUUAGCAGAGUCCUGCAGAAGCAUCUGCCGAUGUCUAGAAAUACUGUAUAUGGCAUUCAACAGCCCAUGAAAGAACAUCUGAUUUGUAACCAAACAGCAUCUAUGUACUGUAUAUCGCAUAUGCAUCAAAAGGACCAAGACUGACGGUAAUAUCGGCUGGCACAAGAUGUGCCUCAGUUUAGUUUUAUUUGCCUGUAACACUUGUUACAAAGUGAGAUUUGCACCUGAAUAAAAUAACUAUGCUGUAUUAUUUCACGCUACGUGUAUAAGUUUAGACACUGCCCUAAUCAUUAGCUGUUCUUUCUAGCUGUGGCAUCUGAACUUUUUUUCAUUUGAACUGCUCAGACUCGUUCUAAGUAAUUACUAAUUAACAAAGCAUUGUAUUAAUGUAAUGAUGAUUUGUGACACACUUUUCGUGGAUUCAACUGUCAGUUUAUUUGAGCUUCUCUGAAAUGUUAAUUGACCUUUUUCUGCUAAUAGGUAUGUUGGGCCAACUACAGAUUUAAAUCACGUUCAGUGGUUUGUGCUAUUAUAGCAUGCGCUGUUGGUAUAUCCCAGUCAGAGCGGCAGGUACAAAUGCACAAAUUCAUAUCACGGUGCCACUGAUUUAUCUACACUGGAUAUAGAAUGAUGUAGACCGUAGAUGCUGCACUGAUAUGGUUCAGUAGCUGAGAGAUUGUAAUUGUAUUCUAUUGUACUUAUCAGUAUGCAAAAAGGCUGUGUGUGUGUGUGUGUAACCGGUCAAACAGGACAACCUAAAGGUUGCCAUACAUGUUAAGUUAGUCUCUCAUUAUGCGCACUUUGAACGUUUCUAGCAUCCAAAUGUGUAAGACGAAUGGCUUUUGUUUCAAGAGCGUGGCUUAUACACACUUCCUAUUGACCUCUGUGCCUUCAGUUGCUUUCCGAGUCAGCCAUUUUCACCGUAGCUAAAGCACUGAACGUAUUGUUGGAAUUGGUGUUAUUAGACGUGGUGUCUUAAUACAGUCUUGCAUGUCAGUCACAUUGGUGUUGGUCUGAAACCUCUAGCGUGGGGUUUGUUUUUUUACAAGGAUGUGCAGAUAGAUUUUACUAAGAUCCUAUAAUCAAUAGUUUACAUUACUGCCCUUUUCAGGUGAUGAUUUUUGUGUUUUUUUUGUUUGUUUUUAAAUUGGUCAAAUGUGCACAGCACUGUCUUAAUGCUAAAGAUUGAAUUCACUGCUGUUUGUUUUUCCUCCACUCUUACUUUAGUAGCCUUUAAGUACUGUAUAAUAAAUAUUCAAAAUAACUUAAAUAGGAAACGGCUCUUCAUUCAUUGUAUCUAGAACUAGUUGUUCAAAGUAUGCCGAUGUAAUGUUCUGAAUGUAGAACUUGGCACAGAUGUAAGACACAAUGUUGGUAAUCAAAAGGUAUCAUACAAUUAAUAUAGCACACAGAAUAAAGGAGCACAAUAUCAACACUUAA